CAGAAACGUGUUUGUGCCCGCACGAAGGCUACACCUGUAACCGAAGCGUGUGUCGGCGACGUGUGAAAGUGUCUUGUUUGCAUUCCAUUGUGAUUGCAUGUUUCCUUUAGCAUAGGCAUCAUCCGCCGUCGCCCCCUAUUCAACAAUGUCACACUAUUACUACGCGCCGGACCGCCGAGCCCUCGUCCCAACCCCCGGUGGGAGCCGAACCCUCGCUCGUGUCAUGUCAGUGCCCCCUUUCACGAGCUAAAGAUAACGUCUAACAUGGAACGACCCCCGCGCUCCAUUGAUACUUGUUGUGGUUCGUGGAGCACCGUGCUCGCAUAAGUUCGCUUUCGGUUCGUCCCUCGAUAAGUUCGAGAAGGAUCCGUUCCUUUGUGGACGGUUCGGGGUUUUUGUUUGUGAAGCAAAAGGGAGACGGCGAGAGAGAGAGAGAGAGAGAGAGAGAGGGGAAAACAAGACAAUUAAAAAGAUUGACAGGUAGGCUCCUCUGUCAGGGGUGACGCUUGUGGAGAGGGGAGGAGUAAAAAUGUAGCAGGAAAAGCCACUCGAUGCGUCUGUCUAUCAGUUGAGACUGUCUGAAACAGCUUCUGGAUCCACCGCGUUUCCAUUUUUUUUCUCUUUUGGAAGAGCUCGGAUCGGUCCCUGGAGUUUCCCCCCCUCUUUUCCGCCUUUUAAAAAGAGACAAAUAUUAUAGUCCGCGCCGAUCUGAUCUGUUGUUGGCGGAGCUUGGAUGCGCCUGCGUCUUGUUUGUUUCCCCUCUCUCUCAAGUGAUAUCCUCUCCACCGCAUCAACCACCCCUCCAAAAAACCCGACUCUGCCCAAGAUGCUGUGAGAGGAGCGGUGGAAAUCAUUUCCGCGAGUCUGAAAACGUUUCUGGCGAAAGAAGAACAGGGAACACGAGGAUACGCUACUUAUCAGAGCUGAGCGCUGCGCUCACACGGGACUUAUUUGUUUGGUCACCGCCCGACUUUAUUUAUUUUUUUUUUUAGUUUUGAUGCGCGUAAAAGGCGCAGCGAACUGUCGUCCCCCUCCGAGCAGCGCUGGAGAUUAGGGGGAUUUUCUUUUUUUUUUCUUCCAGUGGGAGUGAACUGCAAAGUUGGGUUUCAAGGUGCCCGCUUCGGCGUCUUUUUCGCCCGGCCGCGCGAGAGAUGAAGGAAGAUGAUCUCUGACGGACGCGGAGGUGUCUGGAGCUGCUCGAACGUCUUCGUAAAAUCUGAGCUCGUUCUCGCCGAAGCCGACCCCGCUAUUAAGCCCGUUUGAAAAGAAACCUGACAUUUUUUUUUCUUGUGUAGCUCCGAUAUCGAACAAACAAACAAACAAAAAAACAACAACUCUGCCCCCCAAAAAACGGGAUGGUUUUUCAAAACUGACAGACAUUUAUUUCUUUGUAAUUCCUGCAUGAGAAGCACCGUGGAGCGUGACGGUCACUAUGCCGAGGAGAAAGCAGCAAGAGCCGCGGCGAUCAGCAGCGUACAUGCCCGAGGAUGAGCUCAAGGCAGACACUCAUGAUGAGGAAGAACACCUGCAGGAUGACGGCCUAUCAUUAGACGGCCAAGACAACGAGUUUCUUUGCAACGAGGAAGAGGAGGACGUGGACGGAGGUCAGCCGCCCAGCUACAGGGACUCUCCGCUCAGCAACGGCACCAACCCUGACGCUGGAUACGGGUCUCCACUCAGCGAUGCCAGCGACCGACUUGCAGAUUUCAAGAGCACCUCUUCCAGGGAUGGUCAGGAGAGGGAGGGCACCGCGUUGCCCUUCCGCCCCAACAACGGCCUCUCCUUCCAGGACAGCCUGGCGCAGAUGAAAGCCGUCUAUGCAAACCUCAUCUCAGACGCCUCUUGGUCCAGCAUCACAAUGGACAUCAUGAAAGCUAAGCCUGCUGCGGCGGGCGGUAUCAACAGUACUCUCAGCACCACGGAGACUGCGCCUACCGCCUCCGUCUCGACGACUACAACCACCGUGAAGAGCAGUGGGGUCAGCAUGGCUAACAAUCACCACAACGGCAGGGGCUCUAGCACCACUGUCAACCACACGGGCAACGGAAGUGGUAAUACUAAUGGCACAGCAGCCAGCUCCGUAAGCAGCCACAAUGCAACCAGCAGCAGUGGGAGCAGCAGUGGUGGGGCCAGUAAUGGUAGCGGUGUGGCCUAUGACUGGCACCAGGCAGCGCUUGCCAAAACCCUUCAACAGACCCCCUAUCACCUUUUACCAGAGCCUAGCCUCUUCAGCACAGUCCAGCUCUACCGGCAGAACAACAAGCUGUACGGCUCUGUGUUCACUGGCGCGAGCAAGUUUCGAUGCAAAGACUGUAGCGCUGCCUACGACACGCUGGUCGGCUUGACGGUCCACAUGAAUGAGACCGGCCACUACCGGGAUGACAACAAGGACAAAGAGGAGGAUCAGGGGAAGCGCUGGUCCAAACCGCGCAAGCGGUCCCUGAUGGAGAUGGAAGGGAAAGAGGACGCGCAGAAGGUGCUGAAGUGCAUGUACUGUGGCCACUCAUUUGAGUCCUUGCAAGAUCUCAGCGUUCAUAUGAUCAAGACCAAGCAUUACCAGAAAGUGCCUCUUAAAGAACCAGUGCCAGCCUUGGCCACUAAACUGGUGCCCACUUCGGCUAAAAAGCGAGCGAUCCAAGAUGCUAUAGUGUCGCCGUGUUCCCCAGACUCUAUCCAUGCUGUUAGUGGUGGUGGGAGCGUGUCUCUCGGUGACGUUGGCAAAGAUGCAAAAUCCACAGCUAACCCCUAUGUAACGCCCAACAACCGCUACGGCUACCAGAACGGUGCCAGCUACACAUGGCAGUUUGAAGCUCGCAAGGCCCAGAUCCUGAAAUGCAUGGAGUGCGGGAGCUCUCAUGACACACUGCAGCAGCUGACGGCCCACAUGAUGGUUACAGGCCACUUUUUGAAGGUCACAAAUUCUGCUUCCAAAAAGGGCAAACAGCUGGUCUUUGAUCCAGUUGUGGAGGAGAAGAUUCAGUCUAUCCCACUACCACCAACCACCACAAGGCUCCCCGUUCCCAGUAACAUUAAAUCCCAGCCGGUGUCCCCUGCCCUCUCCUCUGGCUCAGAGGAGAAGAGGGACGGCACCGAGGAUGAAAAGGUUGACAGUGGCGAGCCAGUGGAGAAGAAAAUCAAAGAGGAGAAAGACGACUCAGGUGAGAAAUCCGACACUGAUACCACAUCGUACAAAUACCUUAGAGAAGAAGAUCUGGAGGAGACACCCAAAGAGGGUUUAGAUAUUCUUAAAUCCCUAGAGAACACGGUAUCCAGUGCCAUCAGUAAAGCUCAAACAGGCACGCCAACGUGGGGGGGCUACCCUAGCAUCCAUGCGGCCUACCAGUUGCAGGGUGCCAUGAAAAGCUCCACCACUGUUCUGCCCCCAACCGUCCAGAGUGUCCAGAUGCAGCCUAUGUUCAACAGCGGGAUACGGGGCCUGGUGAGUGACCCCAACUCAGUCAUCCACUCGCCUCGGAGCCCUUCCUCCCCCACGCCUCUCAGGAGCAACGUCACUGCCAUGGAGGAGCUAGUGGAGAAAGUGACAGGCAAAGCUGCCACCGUUAAGAAGGAGAAGGAGGAGAAGAUGCUGAGUCUGGAACGAUGCCGGCCCCCGUCGUUAGUCAAAUCCCCAUCUCCUGCACUGAGGGAGCAACUGUCGUCGCCAAAUGACCUCUCCGUAGGCAAAGCAGCUGGGCUGAGAAGCAGCAGCCCGGGCAGCGUGGACUCGGAGCUCGUCUGCAAGAAGGAGCCCAAGGAGAGCCUAGUAGACGGCCACAGCAAUCACUCAAAGAAUGGCUCCGAAACAUGCCAGUCCCCGGUCACUAAUGGGAACAGCCUCGGCAUCAUCACCGAUCACUCACCGGAAAGUCCUUUCAUCAACCCUCUCAGCGCUCUCCAGUCAAUCAUGAACACACACCUGGGCAAAGCCUCAAAACCAGUAAGCCCAGCUGCAGAUCCGCUAUCUAUGCUCUACAAAAUAAGCAACAGCAUGAUGGACAAGCCGGCGUUCAACCCCAGUCCUCAGGGCAAGCCGGCCGAGCCCAUCAAUCACUAUCCGUUAUAUGAAAUGAAUGACCAACCCAUAGACUUGAGUAAGAAUAAGGCCUCGGCUAACAGCAACAAUAACAGCAGCGGUGUGCUCCUCACCAGUAAUAAUGUAAAUGGUAACAAGCCGCUGGUCUCCCUGCCCGACGCAGUCUCCUCCCCUUUGAGGGAGAACGCUCUGAUGGACAUCUCCGACAUGGUGAAGAACCUCACCGGAAGACUUACGCCCAAAUCCUCGACUCCGUCCUCCGUCUCGGAGAAGUCGGACGCUGACGGCAGCGCGUUCGAGGACGCCCUGGAGGACCUCUCCCCAGUGCAGAAGCGGAAAGGGAGGCAGUCCAACUGGAACCCCCAGCACCUCCUCAUCCUCCAGGCGCAGUUUGCUUCCAGCCUGAGGGAGACCCCAGAGGGCCGAUACGCCAUGACCGACCUGGGGCCCCAGGAAAGGGUCCACAUCUGUAAGUUCACAGGCCUCUCCAUGACCACCAUAUCCCACUGGCUGGCUAACGUCAAGUACCAGCUGAGACGGACUGGAGGCACCAAGUUUCUCAAGAACAUGGACUCCUGCCAGCCCGUGUUCCUGUGCGGUGAUUGUGCCUCCCAGUUCAGGACUCCCUCCUCCUACAUCAGCCACCUGGAGUCUCACCUGGGUUUCAGCUUGAAGGACCUGUCCAAACUGUCAGCUGAGCACCUACGGGAGCAGCAGGCUGCCUCAAAGGUGAUCACAGACAAAAUGACAUUCAGCAACCCUCUGUCAGCCUUGACCACACAGGAGGACGACACGGGCUCCGUGUACCAGUGCAGACUUUGCAAUCGGACAUUCGUCAGCAAACACGCAGUCAAACUGCACCUCAGCAAGACCCACGGGAAGUCUCCAGAGGACCACCUGGUGUUUGUCACGGCUCUGGAGAAACUGGAGAAGCUAGACAAGAUGGAGAAGGUUUAAGCGGGGUCUCGAGCUGAGGUUAGAGACUGACAGCUGUGGAACUGACUAGAAUUUCAUUGCACUAAAAUGACAUUAUUCACAGUUACUGCACUGGGCCGAACUGAGCCUCCAGAAAAAAAAAUCAGUCUUAUUAUUUUUCGUUGUGAUAACUGCCUGACUGGACCAUGUCUUUUCAUGUUGAUUUGUUUGUUUCUUUUUUGUUUUGCCAAGCUUUUUUACACUUAUUUUGUAAUAUAUUUAUAUGCUAUUUGUCUGAUCUGUGCAUGUAUUUUAGUGAAUCAAGGUUAAAUACACGAUUUUAAUCUUUUCAUGGCAAAAAUACAACUACUGCUUCAACGGUAAAAGUGGCGAGUGGGAAGAAAUGGUGGAAGUGAAAGCUGUAUAAUACUUGAUAUGAAGAAGGUGGAAAUUAAAUGUAUACACCAAAAGAAUGAGAGAAUCUCCUGAAAGACUGAAGUAGCACCUUAGACAGUUUGAGUUUUGAAUUUGUAAAGAGAACAUGUUUUGAAAUAUCUUGCAUUUGUCAAAUUUAGAUUGAUUUAAAGAAAAAAAAAAGAAAGAAAAAUCAAGGAAAAUCAUUCCCCCACUCCUUCUUUGGGUUCCUGUCACUGCAUUGUUUUUGAUGAUGAAUGGCCUGCUCAUAAAUCCGUCAGUGUAUUAGAAAAAAAAAGAGAUCACACGAAGAUUUGGGAAAAACUGAAAAAAUGCUGCUGCUUCUGGUUCGGAAUCAAUCAGUGAAAGAGGAAUGACCAUCAGUAUGCAAGUUUGCUCCGAGAGUAGAAAAAGAAAAAAACUUUCCUUGUUGUGAAGUAUCACCUUAUAGCUAUUUUCCAGUUGUAUGGUUUGUUACAACUUUCUCUUUCUAAAUUGUGUCGCUUUAUUCAACUGUAAAGAGAAACAGUUUGUUACAUGUAAAUGAUUAGCAGUGAAACGUCAGUACUCCAUGAGACAUAUCCUACCAUUUCAAACAGCUCAGCAUUCUUUGUAUCUUAAGGUGUGUGCAUUCUCUAACUUUUAUAUUGUCAUUUUAUAUACAAAAGUGCUAAAAAAUAAAAACAGAUGGUGUAUAUAGAUAUAUGCUGUAGAGCUACAAAAAUGUCCUUUUUUAAAGAAAAUACAAAUUUAGCUUCUUUGGCUUGGUUUACAGAAAUGAUUUUAAUUAUACUUGCAUCCAAUUUGAUGCAUGAAAUGGUGUGGAAAAUAAAUAAGCGAUGCACAAUGACUAUACAUUUCAAUGUUUUAUCGAUAAUAUUGUAAAAAAAAAACAACUUUUUAGCACCGAUUAGUUUCUUUCAUUUCUUUCUGAAUUGUACAAUAAACCCCAAAGCAGUUGUUAACAGUC